GUAUGUAGGUCAGUAUAAUGGUCAGUGUCAGGCAGGUGAGUUUAGUGGUCAGCAUUGAUAAGCACUGGUAAGCCACACAAUCCAGCCGAAAAAAAAAAAAAAAAGUCUGCGUCACAUACACACAUUUGAUUUGGGGGACUGGAACUCCGCUUUAAACCCGCACCUCUCUAUCAUUCUUUGAUAUGGUCAUUGGGAGCUCUGCUCCGUACUUCUCUUUCUCUAUGUCAUUUUUUGUACAAUGUAUGUCAGUUCGCUGUACUUGGCUGGGAAAACGUAAUAAACUCUUUGUGAGACAAAAAGAUCAAAUGAUUGCUUUUUUAUUAUAUGUCUCCCAUUGAUUCAAUUUUAACUGAAGGCCUGUGUGUGAUAGAAGAAUGAGCUACAAGGCAGAAGGGAAAGUAUUAAAACAUAACGCAGGGUACAGUUAAUAAAAUCACCACAAGAUGGGGAUAUCACUUACCAUGUGGCCCGCUCAGACAGGAAGUGAUGUAGAGUAAGAACAGGAAGUGAUGUCACACAAAGACAGGAAGUUAUAACGACAGGAAGACCUGGGUGAGAGAGUGAGGAGAACACGUAUCUGGAUUAUGCAGAGCAGAUGGACUCUUGGAAGUUAAAUACGUCAGAGAGUUAUCUUAUUGUAUCUCCAGAUUGGACUGCAGAAGACAGUGACGUUGCCCAAUAUUCUCCAAAAGUAAUACUUGAAUUAAAAAUGUAUGGAUCCUUCUAAUCCUGAGGAAUCCUCUGAUAAACCCCAUACUAUGACUUCAGAUGUUCAUCUAAGAUCAAUGGGUCCUUCUAAUCCUGAGGAACCAUCUCAUAUAUCCCAUUCUAUGACUUCAGAUGUCCAUCUAUCCCAUACUAUGACAUCAGAUGUUCAUCUAAGAUCAAUGGGUCCUUCUAAUCCUGAGGAACCUUCUCAUAUAUCCCAUUCUAUGACUUCAGAUGUCCAUCUAAGAUCAAUGGGUCCUUCUAAUCCUGAGCAACCUUCUCAUAAAUCCCAUACUAUGAAUUCAGAUGUCCAUCUAAGAUCAAUGGGUCCUUCUAAUCCUGAGGAACCUUCUGAUAAAUCCCACACUAUGACCUCAGAUGUCCAUCUAAGAUCAAUGGGUCCUUCUAAUCCUGAGGAACCUUCUCAUAUAUCCCAUUCUAUGACUUCAGAUGUCCAUCUAUCCCAUACUAUGACAUCAGAUGUCCAUCUAAGAUCAAUGGGUCCUUUGAAACUUGAGGAACCUUCUGAUCAAUCCCAUACUAUGACAUCAGAUGUCCAUCUAAGAUCAAUGGGUCCUUUGAAACUUGAGGAACCUUCUGAUCAACCCCAUACUAUGACAUCAGAUGUCCAUCUAAGAUCAAUGAAACCUUCUAAUCAUGUGGAAUCUUCUGAUAAAUCACAAACUAUGACUUCAUAUGUCCAUCUAAGAUCAAUUGAUCCUUCUAAUCCCGAGGAAUCUUCUGAUAAAUCCCAUACUAUGACAUCAGAUGUCCAUCUAAGAUCAAUGAAACCUUCUAAUUCUGAGGAAUCUUCUGAUGAAUCCCAUAAUAUGACCUUGGAUGUCCAUCUAAGAUCAAUGAAUCCUUCUAAUCCUGAGGAACCUUCUGAUAAUUCUCAUACUAUGACCUCAGAUGUCCAUCUAAGAUCAAUGGGUCCUUCUAAUCUCGAGGAAUCUUCUGAUAAAUCACAAAUUAUGACCUCAGAUGUCCAUCUAUCCCAUACUAUGACAUCGGAUGUCCAUCUAAGAUCAAUGAAACCUUCUAAUCCCGAGGAACCUUCUGAUAAAUCCUAUACUAUGACUUCAGAUGUCCAUCUAAGACCAAUGGAUCCUUCUAAUCCUGAGGAACCUUCUGAUAAAUCCCAUACUAUGACCUCAGAUGUCCAUCUAUCCCAUACUAUGACCUCAGAUGUCCAUCUAAGAUCAAUGAAACCUUCUAAUCCCGAGGAACCUUCUGAUAAAUCCCGUACUAUGACAUCAAAUGACCAUCUAUCCCCUACUAUGACAUCAGAUGUCCAUCUAUCCCAUACUAUGACCUCAGAUGUCCAUCUAUCCCACACUAUGACAUCGGAUGUCCAUCCAUCCCAUACUAUGACUUCAGAUAUCUGCCCAAGUUCUCACAAUGAACAUGUUUUUUCAUGUUCAGAGUGUGGAAAACAUUUCGCUAAGAAGGCUUACCUGGUUAAUCACCAGAGAAUUCACAUUAGCGAUCGUCCAUUCUCCUGUUCAGAGUGCGGGAGAAGUUUUGCUAAGAAAGUUUACCUCGAUAAUCACCAGAAAAUUCACACGGGUGAUUGUCCGUUUUCCUGUUCCGAGUGCGGGAAAAGUUUUGCUAGGAAGACUUACCUGGUUAGUCACCAGAAAAUUCACACUGGUGAUUUUCCCUUUUCCUGUUCGGAGUGUGGGAAGCGUUUUGCGAAGAAGAUUUACCUGGUUAAUCACCAGAGAACUCACUCUGGCGAUUGUCCGUAUUCCUGUUCAGAGUGUGGGAAAAGUUUUACACAGAAAGCCUUCCUUGUAACACACCAGAGGAGUCACACGGGCGAACGUCCUUUUUCUUGUUUAGAGUGCGGGAAAGGUUUUACACAGAAAAUCUCCCUUCUUACACACCAGAGAAGUCACACAGGUGAGCGCCCUUUUUCCUGUUUAGAGUGCGGGAAAUGUUUCGCACAGAAAAUCACCCUCCUUGUGCACCAGAGGGGUCACACAGGCGAGCGCCCUUUUUCCUGUUCAGAGUGCGGAAAAGGCUUCAUUGACAGAGGCAGCCUUGUUGUACACCAGAGAGUUCACACAGGCGAGCGCCCUUUUUCCUGUUCAGAGUGCGGGAAAGGCUUCAUUGACAGAGGAAACCUUGUUCUACACCAGAAAAUUCACACAGGGGAGCGGCCUCAUUCCUGUUCAGAGUGCGGGAAGGGUUUCAUUAAGAAAGGGGACCUUUUUAAACACCAGAGAAUUCAUACAGGCGAGCGUCCUCAUUCCUGUUCAGAGUGCGGGAAAGGUUUCAUUAAGAAAGGGGACCUUCUUAAACACCAGAGAAUUCAUACAGGCGAGCGUCCUUAUUUAUGUUCAGAGUGCGGACAAUCUUUCGAUAAAAAAGAAAAGCUUAUUGCACACCAGAGAACUCACACAGGGGAGCAGCCUUUUUCGUGUGCAGAGUGCGGGAAAUGUUUUACUAACAAAGUAAACCUUCUCGGGCACCAGAGAACUCACACGGGCGAGCGUCCCUAUUCAUGUUUAGAGUGCGGGAGAUGUUUCACUAGCAAAGCAUACAUCGUUAAGCAUCAGAAAACUCACACGGGCGAGCGUCCUCAUUCGUGUUCAGAGUGCGGGAAGUGUUUCACCCUGAAAGUAGACCUUGUUAGGCAUCAGAGAAUUCACACGGGCGAGCGUCCCUUUUCCUGUUCAGAGUGCGGAAGAAGUUUUACCGACAAAAGAAACUUUCUUAGACACCAGAGAAUUCACAAGGGCGAGCGUCCGUAUUCAUGCUCGGAGUGCGGGAAAACUUUCUUCGAGAAAUACUCGCUUUUUAAACACCUGAAAGUACACGCCGCAAAGCCCCCUCAGUGUCUUCAGAGUGCGGGAGAUGUUUUAUAGACGUGUGCAAUUCCUUUCUUUCCGACUGAGUUUUUUAACGAAUUCCGACAUACAGUGGAACCUCGAAUUACGAGGAUAAUCCGUUCCAGGUGAAUGCUCGUAAUCCAAAGCACUCGCAUAU